AGGCUUUGAGCGGGAAGCGGGAGAGUGUUGUCCGGGACUGUUGUCGUCGGCGGGUCCCGGGUUUGCGGCGUCGCUUCGGCCCCAUCGCCGCCUUCGCCAUGGGCUUCCUGCGGUUGAUCGAGAUUGAGAACUUUAAGUCGUACAAAGGCCGCCAGAUUAUCGGGCCCUUCAAAAAGUUCACGGCCAUCAUCGGCCCAAAUGGCUCGGGAAAGUCAAACCUCAUGGACGCCAUCAGCUUCGUGUUGGCCGAGAAGACGAGUAACCUGCGGGUGAAGACUCUGAAGGACCUCAUCCACGGCGCGCCAGUGGGCAAGCCGGCUGCCAACCGGGCUCUGGUCAGCAUGGUGUACUCCGAAGACAACGGGGAGGACAAAGUCUUCACCAGGGUCAUCGUGGGUUCCUCCUCCGAGUACAAGAUCAACAACAAGGUGGUGCCAUUGCAGGAGUACAGCGAGCAGCUCGAGAAGCUGGGCAUCCUCAUCAAAGCUCGAAACUUCCUGGUCUUCCAGGGAGCAGUGGAGUCGAUCGCCAUGAAGAACCCCAAGGAGCGCACGGCGCUCUUCGAGGAGAUCAGCCGAUCGGGCGAGCUCGCCAGCGAGUAUGACAAGCGGAAGAAGGAGAUGGUGAAGGCGGAGGAGGACACGCAGUUCAACUACCACCGCAAGAAGAACAUUGCGGCGGAACGCAAAGAGGCCAAGCAGGAGAAGGAGGAGGCUGAGCGAUACCAGCGGCUGAAGGACGAGCUGGCGCGAGCCCAGGUCCAGCUGCAGCUCUUCAAGCUCUUCCACAACGAGUCGGAGAUCGAGCGGCUCAGCAAGGACCUGACCUCCCGCAACAAGGAGAUCGAGAAGGACAAGAAGCGCAUGGACAAGGUGGAGGAGGAGCUGAAGGUGCAGAAGAAGGAGCUAGGCAAGCUGAUGCGGGAGCAGCAGCAGAUUGAGAAAGAGAUCAAGGAGAAGGACGCGGAGCUGAACCAGAAGCGGCCACAGUACAUCAAGGCCAAGGAGAACACGUCGCACAAGAUCAAGAAGCUGGAGUCUGCCAAGAAGUCGCUGCAGAACGCACAGAAGCAGUACAAGAAGCGCAAGGCGGACAUGGACGAGCUCGAGCAGGAGACGCAGGCGGUGGAGAAGGCACGGCAGGAGUUUGAGGAGCGGAUGGAGGAGGAGAGCCAGAGCCAAGGCCGAGAUCUACAGCUUGAAGAGAACCAGGUUAAGAAAUACCAUCGGCUGAAGGAGGAAGCCAGCAAGCGGGCUGCCACCCUGGCUCAGGAGCUGGAGAAAUUCAACCGAGACCAGAAGGCUGACCAGGAUCGCCUGGACCUAGAAGAGAGGAAGAAAGUGGAGACAGAGUCCAAAAUUAAACAGAAGGUCAGAGAAAUUGAGGAGAAUCAGAAGAGAAUUGACAAGUUGGAGGAUUACAUCAACACCAGCAAGCAGUCGCUGGAGGAGCAGCAGGCACAGGAGACCAAGCUGACCGAGGAGGUAGAGGAGGCCAAGCAGCGCAUCGACCAGAUCAACACCGAGCUAAACCAGGUGAUGGAGCAGCUGGGCGAUGCCCGCAUCGACCGGCAGGAGAGCAGCCGGCAGCAGCGCAAGGCCGAGAUCAUGGAGAGCAUUAAACGCCUGUACCCAGGCUCCGUGUUUGGCCGGCUGAUCGACCUCUGCCAGCCAACACAGAAGAAGUACCAGAUCGCCGUCACCAAGGUGCUGGGGAAGAACAUGGAUGCCAUCAUCGUGGAUACGGAGAAGACCGGCAGGGACUGCAUCCAGUAUAUUAAGGAGCAGCGAGGGGAGCCAGAGACCUUCCUGCCCCUUGAUUACUUGGAGGUCAAGCCCACUGACGAGAAACUCCGAGAGCUGCGCGGUGCCAAGCUGGUGAUUGACGUCAUCCGCUACGAACCACCGCACAUCAAGAAAGCGCUGCAGUACGCCUGUGGGAAUGCACUGGUGUGCGACAACGUGGAGGACGCCAGACGCAUUGCUUUUGGGGGCCCACAGAGGCACAAGACUGUUGCCCUGGACGGGACCCUCUUCCAGAAGUCGGGGGUGAUUUCAGGAGGCGCGAGUGACCUCAAGGCGAAAGCCCGGCGCUGGGACGAGAAAGCAGUCGAGAAGCUGAAGAGCAAGAAGGAGAAGCUGACUGAGGAGCUGAAGGAGCAGAUGAAGAUCAAGAGAAAGGAGGCUGAGUUGCGGCAGGUGCAGUCACAGGCUCACGGGCUGCAGAUGCGCCUGAAGUAUUCUCAGAGUGAUCUGGACCAGACCAAGACCCGACAUCUCGCCCUCAACAUGCAGGAGAAGUCCAAGCUGGAGAGCGAGCUGGCCAACUUUGGACCAAAGAUUAAUGACAUCAAGCGGACUAUCCAGGCUCGGGACCGUGAGAUGAAGGAGCUGAAGGAGAAGAUGAACCAGGUGGAGGACGAAGUCUUUGAGGAGUUCUGUUGUGAAAUCGGGGUGAGGAACAUCAGAGAGUUUGAAGAAGAGAAGGUGAAGAGGCAGAAUGAGAUAGCAAAGAAAAGGCUGGAGUUUGAGAACCAGAAGACAAGGCUGGGCAUCCAGCUGGACUAUGAGCGACAGCAACUAAAAGAAGAUGCAGACAAGGUGCAGACGUGGGAGCAGACCGUGAAGAAGGAUGAGAAUGAGAUUGAAAAGCUAAAGAAGGAGGAGCACAGACACAUGAAGAUCAUCGACGAGACCAUGGCACAGCUGCAGGACCUGAAGAACCAGCACCUGACCAAGAAGUCGGAAGUCAGCGAUAAGAACCACGAAAUGGAGGACAUUCGCAAGAAGCUCGGGGGAGCUAACAAGGAGAUGACCCAGCUGCAGAAGGAGGUGACGGCCAUCGAGACCAAGCUGGAGCAGAAGCGCAGUGACCGCCACAACUUGCUGCAGAGCUGCAAGAUGCAGGACAUUAAGCUGCCACUCAAGCAGGGCAGCAUGGAGGACAUCAGCCAGGAAGAGUCAGAGGAAACCAACGGCUCCCAGAGGUCCUCAAACGUCUGCCCGCGAGAGGCAAUGAUCGAGAUCGACUACAGUGAACUGUGCGAAGACUUAAAGGACGCGCUGGCGGAUGACGAAGUGAAGAAUGAGAUGAACAGCCUGCAGCAGAAGGUGACAGAACACCAGAACAUCCUCCAGCGGAUCGCGGCGCCCAACAUGAAGGCCAUGGAGAAGCUGGACAGCGUGCGGGACAAGUUCCAGGAAACUUCAGAAGAGUUUGAGGCUGCUCGCAAGAGGGCAAAGAAAGCCAAGCAGGCCUUUGAGCAGAUCAAGAAGGAGAGGUUUGACCGUUUCAAUGCCUGCUUUGAGGCUGUGGCCACCAACAUUGACGAGAUCUACAAGGCCCUCUCCCGCAACAGUAGUGCCCAGGCCUUCUUGGGCCCAGAGAAUCCCGAAGAGCCCUACUUGGAUGGGAUCAAUUACAACUGCGUGGCUCCUGGGAAGAGGUUCAGGCCCAUGGACAACCUGUCAGGAGGAGAGAAGACAGUCGCCGCCUUGGCUCUGUUGUUUGCCAUCCACAGCUACAAGCCAGCCCCUUUCUUUGUCUUGGACGAGAUCGAUGCUGCCCUUGACAAUACAAACAUCGGCAAGGUCGCCAAUUACAUCAAGGAGCAGUCUAUCUCUAACUUCCAGGCAGUGGUGAUUUCCCUGAAGGAGGAGUUCUACACCAAGGCUGACGCCCUGAUCGGAGUCUACCCUGAGCAAGGAGACUGCGUCAUCAGCAAAGUGCUGACCUUCGACCUGACUGGGUUCCCGGAAGCUGGCCCACUGCCCAACGAGUAACCAGGAUGGCAGGGUGCUGCCCGCGCUUCUCCAGGCGCCUGGCUGCGUGCGUAGUUUCCCUGGGCGCCAGUAUGUGAGUGUGUGUGUGUACCCUCUCUGGGGACAGACAGGAGUUAUUCAGCUCUCCUCUGUAUCAUCUCCUGACACGGGGCUGGUGGAGUACUUUCUGUCCAGACGUGGAAGAAGACGAGUGGUUCAGAGCUCGCUCCCCACAGUCAAAUUACAAGUGUUAAACCCAGUCACUUCCCUCCUCCUCUCACACUCUGCUGGCUGAGAUCUCCUGUUGCCCUUUAAUUGUGUUUUCAGGAGGCAGGGUUGUGAAGAAUCUUCCCUUUCAUCCGGCUCCUUCACAAUCCCAGAAGGCAGGUUGAUUUCACUCUGCCCCUCCCCACCCCCUGCAGCCUGGGCCUGACUUCUAAGGGAGAGGACAUGACAGCUCCUGGUGUUCUUUCUCAACCUCAUUGGCAGAUUGACUGAUGCUGGCAAGAUACUCUGGCUAGGCGGUCAGGAUAGCCCAGAUAUUGUCCUGGACACCAGUAGGAAAGUAGCUCCCCUCCGAGUCAGAAACUAAGCUUUGGGUUGGACAGCGUCUCUGGAGGCAGGGGUUCCUAUUGAGACCCUGCCUUGGCUUUCCUCUUGUACCACUUGCAUCCACUACAGAGACAGGCCGGUAGAACCUACCCCUCCUAACUUCUCCCCUUAUUUAUGGACACUUGAUUCCCAGGCCCCGAGGACACUGACCCACUUGAGACCCCACUCAGCCAACCAUCUUCCCUACUGCUUCCACCCAUCAGUGGGGGGAGGGGUGGAGAUCUCUGUCCAUUCCCGCCGAGCACUUCGCUCACGAACCCCUGGGACUCGUGCCACCCAUUCCCCCAGCCCCGUGACCUCCUCGUAAGCAGGAGCUUGCAGAGCUGUGUGGCAACUUGGCAGAGACCCCCUGCCCCUGUAAUAUAUAAACCACUCGCGGGAUUUGACCUGAUUCUUAAAUUAAUUCGGGCAUUUGAUCAGUGAUGCAUUAGAUUCGGUGCCACGCUGUCUAGAAUGGAUUUGACGUCCUGUUGCUUGCUUGCGGUAGGAUGGCAGUGAAAUUAGUUCUUAGAAGUAACAAGUGAAAGUAUCUGCUGUUUUUAAUCGUGUCAGGAAAAUCAUUCUUUUAAUUAAAAUGAAUCAUGUUAAACCUCAGUGCAGCUUUUUGCAAAAAUCAUGUAUGUUGUGAAAUUUUUGCCCCCCUAAUAAAGAUCUUUUAUUGA